GUAUGCCGGGCCCCGCAGCCUGGUCAUGGAGCCCAUCUUCGUCCCGAAGCGCCGUCAGCAUGACGUCAUCGACCCCACCCCCCGCAACGACGAGGAGGGGGACAACAGUGGGCCGCAGGGCGGCGCGGCAGCGGGGCAGGAGGGGGAGCAGGAGGAGACGGAUGAAGAUGCCGGGUGGCUGAUCAGCACUGUUUAUGAUGCAGAGCGCGGCCGCGGCACCCUGUGCAUCUUCGACGCCGCCCGCGUGUCAGCUGGCCCCGUUGCGCGGCUCUGGCUGCCGCACCACCUACCCAGCGGCCUCCACGGCUCGUGGUCCCCCGAGUUCUGCGGGCCCGCGGAUGCCGUCGAUGGCGGCGGCGGCAGCGACGGCGGCGGCGGCGCGUCGGCCGCCCUGCGGUGGCGCGAGCCAACCAAGAUCCGGCCGCUGUGA